GACUGGAAAGGUGAGGCAGGAAAAGGGCAACGCCUCUGGUCGGGCCCCAUUCGGAGCCGCACAUGGUGCUGGAAGCCGCAGGAAGGACGUUCCCAUUGCAGCAUCGAUCCCGGGACGGCAACGGGAGGAUCCGGGAGGAGCUUGGGGCCAUUGGAAGAGGGAAUCACAAAGGGAAUCACCUGGAUUUUCCAGCAUUCCCUACCAAGACCUUGGCUCCGGCUGGAGCUGCCUGACCAUUCCCGGCUCUGGGAAUCCAUCCCUUGUGCUCUGUCUUGUGGCAGCUCUGAAGGAGCCCAGAGCCGAUGCCAUGGAAGGGGAUCAGCCCCCUCUGACUGCAGAAGAGCUGACAACCCCCUUGCUGAAGAAGGCUCACCCUCCACCUCUCCAUGAGGACGCCAACACCGUGGUCAUCGCAGUGGUCAUCACAUUGGUGUUCCUCACCCUGCUGACGGUGUUGGUGGUGAUCAUCAUCUACCUGUACAGAAACAAAGGCAGCUACCUCACCUAUGAACAGCCGGCAGCAGAGACUGACGUGGUGAUGCAGAUGGAGGAUGCUCCAGCCAAGGAGAAAGAGGAGUACUUCAUCUAAGGCACAGCUCCAGCGCACACCCCUCAUGCUCUGGGGUCAAACUUCCUGGAAUUGGGAAUUUCCAAGCUGCUUUUUAGUUCUUUUCCUUAAUUUAUUAAGCCAAGCAUGGAAGGAAACCCCCCAGGUGUGUCACAGCUUUGCCCAUCACUGCCUGCCCUGAGGGCAGGAGGAGAGCAUCACCCCCAGCACUUGCAGUGCCUUCCAAUACAACCCAGUGACAAACAGGA